UGAAAAAUAAAUCACGCUUGCAAAUAUUUUAGAUGUAACAAUAAACGUUAAUUAACUAUUGGAGUUCGGCGUGUAUUUGUUCUCUGUUCGCUUUCGAAAAUGUAGUUAUAUGUCAUUUAGCCGCACUUGCUAGUUGUGCGGGGCCAGUAACGUUAUCAGUUAACGUAUUUUGACAAGACUCCAGUCCCAUUUAAUGUUGUUUUACGAUUGACUUGACGUUGUGUGAUGUCAGCGUGGCUAUACGGUUUAGCCAUACGGAACAUUUUUCGACUAAUAUUCGUGUUUUUGGUUUAAAUACAUUCAGCAGGACGACAAAGAAACGCUGCUAACGUUACAGAUGUUCAGCCUUGCUUUAGCUAAUCAGUUAGCAGCGACGAAUGUUGGUCAAUGAUAGGCUACUAGGGCAGUGGGACACCAAACGUCAUGUCGAGGUCAGCGUCAGCGAUGGAGAACUACGAGGAGUUCUGCUUGCGGAGCCUGUCCAAGCUGCAGUCGGAGGGGAAGGGAGAAACGAUGCGCUCCGUCUCGCCGACACCUGGCCAAUGGCUGAAAUCCUCAGUCAUCUGUAUCCACGGCAGAACUAUACUGUCACCCCGGCUGACUGAGGAGCAGCGAAGAGAGAUGUGUGUGUAUCGGCAGAGAGCUGCUGAGAAGGAGGCCGAGAGAGAGGUUCUGUGCAGGAGUAGCCUGCUCACACAGGUGCAGAAUAUUCUGGACAUUGCUCAGAAACGCAAAGUGCUCCAGCUGUCCGAGGCUCCAAAUUAUCCCGUGAAGCACAGUCCUCAAACCGAGCUGCAGCUCAGAAGCUUCCCCCAGGGCUCAGACCAGCAGUGCCUGCCCGAUGGAAGGGUAGUGGUGACGGCCACCGCCCACCAGGUGGCGCCGUUUGCUCUCCGGCUGAGGGAGGUGGAGGUGAGGACCGAGGAGGAGGAACAGGAGGCGGACGAUGAUGAUGAUGAGGAGGAGGAGAUGGAGGAGGACAGUAUGGGAGGUGAGAUGAGUCUGCAGAGCCUACUGCGGAGGUCACGCGAGUACAUGGAGCGCGAGCAGGGUCGUGGCACAGGGUCAAAGGUCAACUGCAACAGUGCCAGCGGUGCCAAUGCCACCAGGCCGGUGGCCGCUGUGGCCAAUGAGAGCCUGUCCGACAAAGAGAACGAGAAUGGAAGUCCUGUCGACGAGACAACGUCGCAACGCCAAAGCCCCGAGUCUUCCGCUGCCACAGUCCAACGGCAGUGCCGGGACGAGAGCGUGCCCACCGUGGGCCCACGUGGCUCUGCCGGGUCAGUGCCAAGCGGGCAGUGGGCCCGGCCGUGCCAACCCGAGCCCAGUCUGAGUCCAAGUCCGACCCUGCGCCCGCACCGCGGCAGACCCAGGCCCGUGUCCACCGGCGACCUCCUCUUCGCCUUCCCCGCCACCGUCGACAUCGGCGCGGCUCGCCCGAAGGACAUCGGUGUCGCCUCGUGGCUCACCAUGGACCAGAGGUCGCCGGACCACGCGUCCAGCGCCAGCUCAGUGGCCGGGAGCCGCCGUGCCAGCAACACUGGCCCCAGUCCGGUCAGCGAGGCGGCGGGCAUCGUGGGUGGUGCUGGUGCUUCUGGCGGACCGAACCCGCCAGGUCCAGAGGGCUUCCGGCGGAGGUGCCACACCCUGGACAGCCAGAUCUGCCCGCCCAUCGACCGCAGUCAGGAGCGGCUCCCGCGCUUCAUGGCCGGCGUGGCCCAGAGGCCCUCCGCUCGCAGGUCUCCGCCUGGACCUCUGUACCCGGGCCAGGGGCAGGACAGCCCCGUGCCUGCCCUCCUGCGGAACCACCCUCUGACCCCUGACCCUGUGACCUCUCAGGUCAGGCAGCGGCUGGACAGUGAGAGCGAUCAUGAGAGCAGGCGUGCCAGCCUCCUGAGCACACCUGUGGAGGAGAACCGCACAGAUGCAGUGGACGCUGUUCAGUGGAGAGUGCAGGCCCUAGAGGAGGAGCAUGCUUUUCAACUCUCCCUGCUCCUCGCAGAGCAAGAGAGGGAGCAACAGCGCCUCCGCCAGGAUCUGGUGGGCACGGAGCGGUGUGUGUCGGGAGUGUGUGCCAGUGAGUCUGGGGGCGAGUGGGGGUGUGUGAGGGGGGAGCAGUACCCAGCCUCCAGACCCUGCUCCAGUCUCAGCCCGGGAACAGCUGAGAGGUCUCCCCCCCACAGCACCUACAGCAUGGGGUUCCCCUCUCCUCUCAGUCCGAGUGUAGCUACACCCUCCACACCCUCCGCCUGCCCAUGGGGACCCGCUCGGGGGAGCAAUACAUCUAGGAGCAGAUUUAGCCAGGUGCUGAGUGUUGAACAGCAGAGGGCGCUGUGCCGGCUCACUGCAGUCGUCCGUGGCUUUCUCAUACGCAGGCUGCUCAAAACUGACAAGGUCAAACAUCUUCGGCAGACUGUGCAGGAUACCCAGGAGUUCAUUCGUUCCUUCCAAACUGAGGCCCCUCAGAGAAGAGCCUCCCUCUCUCCACAGGACUUGUCUCUACAGGACAGAGUCCGAGCUCAGCUGCGUGCUGCUCUGGUCAUAACACGUUGUGUGUGUGUGUGUGUGUGUGUGUGUGUGUGUGUUUUGCAGCUGCGUGCUGCUCGGUUUGACAUCCACGACAUCUUCUUUGAGCUGAGCCCAGAGGAGCGCCUGGCACUGCUGCAGCAGGACCGGGAGCUGCGCACCGAGAGGAAGCUGAGGGAGAUGGAGAAGACCAAGCCCCUGAAGGAGCGCAGGUGUCUGUCUGCUGCCACCCAGAAGUGUCUGGACAGGAGGAAGCAGAGAGUGGGAGAAUCUCCAGGCCCAGUGAGGAAGACUCAACAGAAGCCCAGGAGCCCCAGCACCAAUAGGAUCUUGCUGCCCAGUCAAGGUCAGAAUUCCCCAGUUCCCAGCCAGCUGCACCGCCAAGGGAGCUGGUACAAGAAGACGCCAGAGCACCGUGUGAAGCGCUCUGACAGUCUGAAGAAGCAGCACUCACUGGGUUAACACACACACACACACACACACACACACACACACACACACACACACACACACACACACACAGUUCUGUGCCAUACAGAAAUUACUCCAGCUCAUAUUGUACUCCCGAGGUGAACCUUAUGAGUCCCAGUCAGGCCUUAGCCUCAGUUUACCCCCCACCACCCCUCCCACACACACACACACACACACACACACUCACACAUACACACACACUCACACACACACACACACACUCACAUACACACACACAUACACACACACACACACUCACACAUGCACUCACACACACACACACACAACACAAUGCACACUCCUAAUCACUCCUGUCAGACAUCAACAAGAUUGAACACUGUUGCUCACACACUUCCCAUUAGUAGCAGCUGCUGUCCCUACUGAAUGAGGAUGUCUUCACCUCAGUCCUCUUGCUUCUGUCCCUACUGAAUGAGGAUGUCUUCACCUCAGUCCUCUUGCUUCUGUCCCUACUGAAUGAGGAUGUCUUCACCUCAGUCCUCUGGCUUCUGUCCCUACUGAAUGAGGAUGUCUUCACCUCAGUCCUCUUGCUUCUGUCCCUACUGAAUGAGGAUGUCUUCACCUCAGUCCUCUUGCUUCACGCUUUAAACACAGAAUUACUUUUAAAGAGCUGUUGAUCAGCAGCUCAUCAAUAUCCCACCUGAGCCUGUUUCCCCACACUACAACACACCUUAUGCCCUCCUAAUCCAUUCUGCCCCCGCCAGACGUCAACAAGGGGGACGGAACACUAUUGCACACAUGCUGCUCUCUGUACUGCAUGAGAGCGUCUGAAGGUCUGUCCUGUCCACUGGGUUUACAUUUUACACAGCGUUACUGCAGAGUGUACUGUACAUACUCAUCACCCAUAGUCGCUCCUAUCGGACAGCAAGAGGAGGGAACACUGUCCCACACGCUUUCCACCAGUAGUACCUGCUCUGUGCACUGUUAGCAGGAAAUAGGGUUAACAGUCCACUGUUUUUACAUGUUUACAUGCGGCGUUACCUAACGAAAUGUUGAUCGACAGAUAUGUGCUAUGUAGGAUAUUAGCGUAGGACAUUUACCUUGGACAGCUUUUGAAAGGACUUGUGUGACUAUUGCCUUUUAAGUGUCAGUAUUGGAUUAUUGAAAUAUGAUUGUAUGUUUACUUUUGAUUUAUUUUGUACGCCGAAUUUGCAGUUCGCUGUUCUGAUGAAACACACCAUAAACUGUGCCUGUAAACACCAAACAAACAUGACUUUAGCUUACUGAAAUCACCAUUAGCCAUUUUCUCAUAUAGAGGAAUUUAUUGAGUUUAGGUAAAAUCCCGAAUGUAUUCUGCUUUUGCUAGCAUUAAGACUAGGAUCCUCGAGCCACAAACCAUAUAAUCGGAAAAACAAUAUGUGCUGUAGACCAGAGAGGUUGUCAAAUUUCCAGAGAUGCAAACACUGCUUGGUAUAACAAGGACAUAUUAGUCAACAUGUCUCCUAGGGCAGAAUCUAAUUCUGUAGAUCUAUGGGAAGUCUCAUAGAAAAAAAGAUCUGUCCAAGCAACUGAACUGCUUGAGUGGCCCUGAACUAGUAUCAGACUGCAAGGCUCUGGUCAUCGCUAGAGCUUUGUGGCACCUCCAUAGAUUUGACCGCUCACUCAACAGAACAGCAGGUCCUAUAUUCACUCAACAGAACAGCAGGUCCUAUAUUCACUCAACAGAACAGCAGGUCCUAUAUUCACUCAACAGAACAGCAGGUCCUAUAUUCCUUGGACUGACCUGAAGAGGCCUGGGGCUUCCUUCAUUCAGAUUCAGAUAGUAUGCCUCCUUUGUAGUGAGUAGUGUGUGCACAUUUACUUGAAAUAAGUAUUUAUGAGGAUAGAAAAUAGGGCUGCUGGUCUGUACUUUUUAGAGAAGCUCUGAUGAAAAUAUUGUGAUGUGUAUUUAUUUGAACCAAUAAAUUAUUUGAAGUCUUUGGAAUAAAGUUAUUGAAAUUUA